CAGCAUCCCGCAGAGCCGGUCGAGCCGCGUUCAAGUGUGCGACAUAGAGCGCUUCGGAGGCCUCUGGAGAGCUAUCGGAUGCAAUGGUAAAAAGCAUACUCGUCAGUAUAUUGUAGACCUCUUAAUACAUUUGACGGAUCCGUGUCGAGUGGAGUAUUUUCGCGCUCUCUCGAAGCAACCUGAACAGCAGCAUCAGCACAAGCAGGCGUUGGCGGAGUGUGUUGUGUUGUCGAUGAACAAAGCAGCGUUCGCGAGUUGUGCGAUUGUUCUGUGAGCGUUCUAGAGUCGCUAGAAUCGAAGUUGGCCAGUGUUGUGAUCUCGGUUUGCGCGCGCGUGUGUGUCGUAGUGUGCUCUCGACGGAUGUUCCGGUAAAGUGGAACCGCUUAUCAAACGUUUCACCAUCAUCAAUCGGUUAUUUAUUGUUAUUAUUGGCCUCUGGAGAGCCCGGCCAAGAGUGUCAAAGAAGUCCGGUGUGAAGGAGGAGGAGGACGACGACGACGUGGUUCAAGUGUUGAAUUAUCCGCGUGGAGUAAGUGGCUCUGGUGUCGCCGCGACCAUCCUUGAUUGAUACUUUCGCGUGGCGCGCAAGGGCACUCGUGGCUACACUUUCGUGCAAUAACUCUCGACGAGCUGCUCCAGUUCCACCGGAUUACUACCGGGCGUCAAGGUCGCGAUCCUUGAGUGUCAAGUGUGUUGUUGUGACUCGCGUCUGCCAACCGAUCCCGCGCUAAACAAUUUGGCCCGAUAUGACGGAUUGAUGCCGAUGUGAUCUCUCGCUCGCGUGUGUGUGCGUGUGACUCGUAGUUGCGUCCUCUUGUUGGGACAGUUCCUCUUGUGACCUGUCCAGUGACUUUCCCCGGUGUGCGCGUGUUGCCCAGAGCCGGCUCGGUACAUGUCCACCACGCUGUCUAGUGUAUCUGGAGUGUAUCCAGAGGAUUCUGAGCAAGAGCAUGGACUAUUACCCGAUCUAAAUGGUGUUGACCUGGUUAUGAGCUUAUCGCCAAAGUCAGCCCACCACCACCAUCACCAUCUGACCAGUUUACAGCACCUGCAGAACCUCCAGCACAGUUCGCUGCACAGCCACUCGACGCCCUUUAGCGUCACCGAUAUCCUCAGCCCGAUCGAAGAGUACCGCAAGCUGGAACUCACCAAUCCACCGUCCCCUUAUAGCGGCGGGAGCAGCGUCAACUCGCCAAGUGCCCUCGGAGGAGGCGGAGGCGGCGGCACAGGUUCCAACACGGUGUCCGCGUCGGCAUCGGCAGCGGCGGCCGCGGCAAGCAGCAUGGCCAACCCGUACGCGAUGGGUUCGCUGUACCACAGUCCGGGUGUGCAGAGUUACUGCGGGCCGACGGACAACCUGUCGCUGGCCGGUCACUAUACCGAUAUGCGCAGUACGGCCGCGGCCGGCUGGUACCCGUCGACGGCGAGCGACCCGCGGUUCGCAAGUGAGUACUCCGUUUUUUCCCGAUUGAUGGGUGGCUCCGCCGGAGGCAGCAUGGGCCACGCAAUGUCCAAUAUGGGCAGUCUGGCGGCGUGCAGCGUGACGGACACGAAACCAAUGCAGUUCCCGCUGGCCCAGCGGCGAAAACGGCGCGUCCUCUUCACCCAGGCACAGGUGUACGAGCUGGAGCGACGAUUCAAACAACAAAAGUACCUGUCUGCGCCCGAACGGGAACACCUAGCUAGCCUGAUACAUCUCACGCCUACGCAGGUUAAGAUUUGGUUUCAGAACCACCGGUACAAAUGCAAGCGGCAAGCGAAGGAAAAGGCGAUGGCCGAACAGAACCAGCACAACCAGUCAGCCAGCUCACCACGACGUGUGGCCGUACCAGUACUAGUUAAAGAUGGCAAGCCGUGUUCCGGCGGCUCUAAUUCCAGUGCUUCUGCUCAACAGCAGCAGCAGCAGCAGCAACAACAACAGCAACAACAGCAGCAACAACAACACCAGCAGCAGCAGCAGCAACAACAGGCUGCCCAGCAACAGCAGCAAGUGAACGGCAGUUCGCUGGGCAGCGGAGGCGGAAGUGGGUCCGGCGGCGGCGGUGGAAGUACUUCCAGCGUAAUCCUCACCAGCGACUCGAACCACACGCACUCGCCGGAUACGCCCACGUCGUCGCUGCUGUCGCCGUACCAAACGCACCAGGUCACGGGCCAGAUGCUGCAGCAGCCGUGCAAUAACAGCCUCAUGACCAACUCGCUGGCCAUGGCGUACCGGAACCAGAACAACUUCAUGGCCAACAGUCACCAGCAGCAGUGCGGAAGCUACCUGCCGUUGCAGACGCGAGCCUGGUAAUAUUAGUUGAUCUGUUAGGUUGUUUUAACCCUUUUGAUUCUUUCUGUUCUUGCGAACACAAAGCAUUCUAUUGAUUACGCAUUCCAUGUGUUGGUGUGGGGAAAAACACACCAACACAAGCACACUGUUAGCCGAUGAGAGAGAGAGAAGGGUAGUUCGUUUUACUUAAUUUUAUAAAUUAAUAUAUAUUACUUUAGGUAAGUUGUAGCAGCAAUUUUUUCCCACGCGUGUGAAGACGAAAAGGACUUACACAAAAAAAAAUCACACGCUCAAAUUGUACAUACCAGAAAACAGAUACUAAGCAGAGUUAGCUAAUAAGAAGAGGGAGAAGGCAAACACAACAUGGCGGUGCAGUGGGAACUAGAAUCACAUCACAGGAAGGCGGUUUGAUUGGCCCGUGGUCUGCCGAGAAAGGUGAGCAAUCGCAGCAGGCUGCGGACAAAGUUUAGACUAUUCUCGGGCAUGGUAACUGAUGGUAAAUAAUAAAGUGUAAAAUGAAAACGUCACAAUGGAUUUUUUGGAAGAAAUUCUGUCAUUUUUCAAGGAAACUUU